CAACCACUCAAGCGACGUCUCAACCAGAUCCACAUGACUGUGCAACGUAUUCAAGUGAACCCGAUCCAAGCUCCUCAGGAAUCCGCUGUUGAUUUUGGGGCUGCCAUCACCAACGUCGAUCUCGACAACCUCACAGACAAGGACUUCGCCAUCAUCCGUAAUGCUUUGUACAACUCACACGUUGUUGUAUUGAAGAAUCAACAGGGCGUCUCUUCUCGAGCGCAAUACGAGCUAACCAGACGAUUCGAUCCAGACGCAUCGACGUAUGGCCAUGGCAAGACGCUCGAUGUCAAGAAAUCCGUGCUGCACUCGGAUCUGAAGACAGUCCCGCAUCAGCCGCAAGUCCAGAUCAUAGGACAUGGACACUACGACGAGUACGAAGGUCUAAAGAACUUCACGCUUAAACACCCGCACCACAAGAUGUUUCACAAGACAGCCAUUCCAGAGAAAGACGACCUCAACUUCACGCGGUUCUAUCGCUGGCACAUUGAUGCCGCGCUGUACAAAUUGAACCCACCCAAAGUGACUUCCCUUUUGGCAGUGAAGGUGCCUGUUGGCCGUCGCCAAACUCUCCGCUACGACGACGGAACAGGCGACGAAUUGGGUGUCGCUUUGGGUACGACUGCAUUCGUUUCGGUUCGUUCGUGGUGCAAAGGUUGA